AUGGAUAAAACAUGUCCAUUCUGGGCAGAUGAUCGUCAGUGUGGUACCAAUCAGUGUGGUAUCGCAUUCUGUGACGAUGAAGUGCCGGCUGGUCUACGUCGCCGAAAUGCAGUGAAUAUGGUGGAUGAGGCGGUUCCAACGUCGUCAAAAGAAGCAACAGAAGACAAGAAAGAAUCAGAAUCGGAAGAAUGUGUCGAUGCUGGAAAUAACAUUGAUCCAAUGGAUCGAACACUUCGUGACGAUGAGAAACGACAAUUGGACGCGAUGGAUCAUCACGACGAUGGAUUGGAAGACAAGUUCUGUGAGAUUGAAGAUGACGAAUCGGAGGGCAUGCAUUAUGUGGACCUGUCAAAAAAUCCGGAACGAUACACUGGAUAUGCUGGAAAAUCACCACAGAGAGUAUGGAAAAGCAUAUACGAGGAGAAUUGUUUCAAACCGGAUCCGAAAUUCGACAAGAACUUUUUGAUCAAUCCCAGCAAUUUUGGAAUGUGCUUGGAGAAACGCGUUUUCUAUCGUCUCAUUUCCGGACUUCACUCCGCUAUCACAAUCUCAAUUGCAGCAUACAAUUACAAGCCACCUCCACCAUCCCUUGGACAAUUCGGUUCACAAAUGGGAACGUGGUUCCGUAAUACUGAAAUGUUUGCUGGUCGAUUCGGAACAAAAUGGUCAUGGGAAGGUCCACAACGACUUCGAAAUGUAUAUUUCAUCUAUCUUCUGGAACUUCGUGCUCUUCUGAAAGCUGCCCCGUACCUCCAGAAUGAGUUAUUCUAUACAGGAAAUGAUCAAGAAGACGCAGAAACAAGAAAAGCGGUUGAAGAACUUCUUGAAGAGAUUCGAUCAUAUCCAGAUCACUUUGAUGAAUCUGAAAUGUUCACAGGAGUUGAAUCACAUGCAAGAGCACUUCGUGAAGAAUUCCGAUCUCACUUUGUCAACAUUUCGAGAAUUAUGGAUUGUGUGGAAUGUGAUAAAUGUCGUCUGUGGGGAAAAGUUCAAACACAUGGAAUGGGAACGGCGCUAAAAAUUCUUUUCUCCGAUUUACCACAUUCACAUUAUAAGCAAGAUGCAUCCAAGUUCCAGUUGACUAGAAACGAGGUGGUUGCACUUCUGCAAAGUUUCGGACGUUACUCUUCAAGUAUUAUGGAAGUUGAUAAUUUCCGGAAAGAUAUGUAUCCAGAAGGACAAGAAACAACAAAGAAGAAGGAUACUCGAAGGAAUAACAAUAAAAUUGAUCUGUAG